AUGAGCAAGUUCUGUUAUGAUUUUGGUAAAGAUCAACCUCAUGACGAAGAGGAAAUUAUGAAAAUUUGGUAUGCAAGUAAAGUUUCGGAGUUCAAUAAGAUGGUAGAGGACCGAUAUCGUGGAGCGGUGAUCCCUGAAUAUAUUACUUGGUUUCAUGAUCCUUCGUCGUUUAGAGAUAAGCUUGAGGGGUCGAACAGGAGGAGAAAUGAUCAAAGAACUAUAGAAAAGCUGAAAGAGGAAUUGGAGCAUGCUCAGAUGAUUAUAGCCAAACAACAAGCCCAGCAGCAAGUCGGAGUCGCUCAUAUUCGUUUAAACAUUGAGAAAGAUUAUCAAUCUGCCUUGCGGGUCAUGGAUAAAGAUCUAAAGCAUGCUAAAAAUGAGGCAGCCCAUUUAGAAGAAGAACUGGCAAACACGAUUGGUUUAGUCAGAAGAGUUGAGGCGAAUAAAAAUGCUGAAAUACAUAAGUUGCAAGAAGACUUGAGUAUCAUUGAAGAGGAUGCGCACCAGCAACAACUGGAGUUUGAUCAGCAGAAAGAGCAGUUUGAAACAGAAAGGGCCCAUUGGAUACGCUCAAAGAGUCAGCUUUAUGCACAAUUAGAAGAAAUAAAAAGGCAGAAGAGGGGUCAUCAACACACAGAUUUUGAGGAAGAGCGGCGUCAGUGGAUGAUUGAGAGAGGUGUGUUAGACCGUCGCAUUGAAGAAUAUGAGGGACGUGAGGCUCAGAUAGGGCACGCCCUCAACACUACCCAGAUGUGGUUGCAGAAUUGUCACGUGAAUAUGGGGCAGAAGCCAGAGAGGGAGAAAAAGAAAUUCUGUUCAUUUUCAAUUUCGGAUUUUGGGUCUUAA